CCGACUUUCCAAGUGGGUGUAUGGCGUGAAGUGCUGACAGGCUGUCGUACAAAUCAUGUCCAAGGCCAUUGUCAAAACUACAUUCGAGGCGUCUCGCACGCUGCGCCCUAUCUAUACCGGCGGCAGCACGUCGCUCGACGCCAGCGGUCGCAUCUUGCUAACCUGUGUGGGCGAAGAUGCUUUGAUCGUGGAUCUGGAGACUGGUGACCAGCUAGCCAGCCUAGAAGGAGAUGGGGAAAUUAUAACGAGCUUGGCCAUUUCGCCCUCUGCGUCGCACGCAAUCGUCUGCUCCCGGUCAAUGUCUAUGCGCAUUUAUUCGCUUUCACCUUUCAACGAGGCCUCCCAGACCAUCGAGGCCGAACUCGUUCGGACCCUGAAGCCACACACCGCGCCUGUCAUCUCAACCACAGUUGACCAGUCUAGUACUCUCCUGGCUACUGGUGCUGCGGACGGCAGCAUUAAGGUCUGGGACAUACGCGGGGGCUAUGUCACGCAUAAUUUCAAUGAUCGCGGAAUCAUUUCUGCUCUUUGCUUCUUCGAGGUCUCUUCUACUUCAGAGGAUACGAAAACCGGUGGCAAGAAGAAGUCCAAGAAGCAGGCAUCUGGAGGUAAUGACGAGGAAAUGGAGGAUGUCGCCACUACUGCUACGGACUCCACGGUGGGAUUCCGACUUGCAAGUGGUUCUGAGGAGGGUAAGGUGCGCGUGUGGGAUUUGCAUAAGAGAAAGUCCAUUGCUGCACUAGAGUCGCAUGUCUCUCUUGUGCGCAGCCUAUCUUUCUCUCCGACAGAGAAUGCCCUCCUUUCCGCGUCUCGCGAUAAGACCGUGAUCAUUUGGGAUGCACGCACAUGGAAGACUCGCCGCAUUAUUCCCGUCCUCGAAAGCGUGGAAGCUGCCUCUUUCAUCGCCGACAGUGGGCUGUGCGUCAUUGGUGGAGAGAACGGCAAAUUGCGAGUUUGGGACUGCAAUCGAGGAAGUGAGGUCACCGCAGAGCAGGAGGCUGGCGAGGAAUUUGAGGCCGUUGUGGCCAUCCAGUACUCCCCGGGCCUGCCUUUUGUCAUGACUGUUCAUGCGGACCAGACGAUCCGUCUCCACUCCAUCGCGCUGCUGUCUGAAUACAAGCCAGGAUCGACCAUUGAGCCACUGGAGAUCACGCGACGAAUCUCUGGAAAUGAUGACGAAUACAUCGAUUUGGCUUUCGCUGGUCCUGAUCGCUCGAUGCUUGCUCUUGCCACAAACACAGAGAGCAUUCGCUUGGUGUCUGUGGCUCCCUCGGAGGAUCGCCCGUCCGUCCAGGGUGAAGAAUUCUUCGGCGCCGAUAUUCAGCAUCUGGAAGGCCAUGAGGAUAUCAUCAUCUGUCUGGACGUAGACUGGUCCGGUCAUUGGCUGGCGACCGGAGCGAAGGAUAAUACUGCCCGGCUCUGGCGCCUCGAUCCCAAGACCUCUUCUUUCCAGGCUUUCGCGGUCUUCACUGGUCACGCCGAGUCACUGGGCGCGAUUGCUCUGCCACGGGUGCCACCCCCGGCCGGAACUCCUGCCUAUAACGACCCAGUCAACCACCCACCAGCAUUUCUUAUGACUGGCUCCCAGGACCGAACCAUUAAGCGAUGGGACACGGGAAAGCUCGGUCAGCUCAAGAGUGAUAAGCCUCACUCUCCCAAGGCUGUCUACACUCGCAAGGCGCACGAGAAGGAUAUUAACGCCUUGGACAUCGACUCUGCAUCUGCUCUCUUUGCAUCUGCUUCACAGGAUCGUACCGUCAAGAUCUGGGACGUGGAAGAGGGAGCUGCAGUAGGUAUUCUGCGUGGGCACAAGCGAGGUGUCUGGUCGGUGCGGUUCGCUCCAAAGAGCACCCCUAUCGUCAAUACCGAAGAAGGGACCAGCACAAGCCGCGGUCUAGUUGCUACGGCGUCUGGUGAUAAGACAGUCAAGCUCUGGAGUUUGUCCGACUACACCUGUCUUCUGACAUUUGAAGGCCACACAAACAGCGUGCUCAAGGUGAUCUGGCUCCCUCCUCCUCAAAUCUCUAAGAGUGACGAGGACGAGGCGGGCGAAGCAUCGACCGGCAAGAAUGCCAUUCACACAAGGCCCCUUCUAGCCUCGGCUGCUGCUGAUGGGUUGGUUAAGAUCUGGAAUCCCUAUAGUGGCGAGGCCGAGACAACCCUGGACAAUCAUACAGAUCGAGUCUGGGCCCUUGCUAGCCCAACGCCAUCUGGUUCUAGAAACGAUGUCAAGCGAAGCUCUUCCAAGAUCAACAGCACACCUUUUGCCCUUGUCAGUGGAUCUGCCGACUCGACGGUAACUUUUUGGACUGAUACAACCUCGGCCACCUACUCCGCUGCUGUGAAUGCCGAGUCCGAGCGCGUUGAGCAAGAUCAGCAACUGCAAAAUCACAUUCGCGCCGGCAACUACCGCGAAGCCAUCACCCUUGCUCUCCAACUCAACCACCCUGGACGCCUGCUGUCCCUGUUCACGGCUGCUAUUGACGCUGCUGAAGACCCAACCCGGUCCGAAGCAGAACGCGCGACCGCAGCCAACAGCUUGACCGGAAACCCCGCUAUCGACGAGGUACUGCAAACUCUCGGCACGUCAAACCUUCGCACACUGCUUCUGCGCGUCCGUGAUUGGAAUACGAACGCACGCACAGCUCGUGUCUCUCAACGCAUCCUCUACGCACUCUUCCGUUCAUACCCCGCCUCGACUUUCGUCGAGCUGGCCACGACAUCUGUGCAGGGCAAGCAUGGCCGUGUCGGAGGCGGCUUGAAGGAUAUCAUGCAGGCUUUGGCCGCGUAUACCGAGAGGCAUUACAAGCGUAUCGAGGAGCUGACUGAUGACAGCUACUUGGUCGAGUGGGUGCUUAAUGAGAUGGACGGUGGUGUGGGUCUUGGUGGUCUGAUGAACCUAGGAAUCAAGUCUGAUGAUGAUGUCAAUGGAGACUUGGAGGAGCAUGAAAAGGACGUGAUUAUGUUGGAGGCAUAAAAUCUUGUGUAUACCUAUUGAUUGGCGCAUUAUCCCUGGGAGUACCUGGUUGGGAGUGGUUUUAUCAAAAAUUUAGACAUCUGCAAUUCGAUCACCCUUUGUGUAUCCUUCAUGUAUGAAGAAUAGAUUUCUGUUCCGCCAUUAAGCUGGCGCGGGUGUUAGAAUUCGCGAGGGAGGGGGCAGUUAUGGCUUCUCUCUGCUAGGUUACUACGGUGCUAUGUUCUAUUUCGUCAGGAUUUGCUGCAAAAGAAUACUUGUUCAGUCCAUCUAUCCUACAAGCAAGCUCUCACAAACUAAUUUCAGAUCGUCUGAUAGACUUCGUUUUGUUUGGGGUAUCUUGAUUUUGGAACAGCCUAGAAGCGAUCCAUGUCUUUUCAGUGAAAUGCACAUCUGUAGAACCAUAACGCCGUUCAUGAAGUACAAAGGCAAUCUUGCCAAUCAAGUCAAAUGCGCUAAUUGUCCUUUAAUCGUCCCGUCGGCUUCGACGAGAUUCGCGGUCUCGAUCCUGAUCGUUACGGGACGAACGAGAUGAGUGUCGAGAGCUGCUGUACCGAUCAUCUCGGCGAUUCCGAUCGCUGUCUCGCUCACGGUCCCGAUCUUUGCGAUAAUCUCGACCAUCGUCGCGAUCUCGACGGCGAUCUCUAUCACGCUCUCGUUCGCGGUCUCGGUCAUGGUGAGAGCGAUCAUCUCUCCGACGGUCGUCGCCAUCAUCGUACUUUGAGCGUCUGGAUGAAUGACGGCCGGCAGACGAGCUUCGAUCCCUGCGCGACGAACCAGUCCUUCGGCCAGACCGAUCGUCGUCGUAGUCCCGUUUACGGUACUCUCGAUCCCGGUCCCUUUCACGCCCGCUUUUCUCCAGAUUGCGAUCCCGUCUCUCUCGCCAGUCGCCCUGAUCAACUUGUGACUUGGAGGACUCUUUCUUGAGGUCUGCGAGCUCUUCCUCCGUGAUAUACUCGCCAGUCUUCUUGUUCCGCAUCGUAACAGGCAUGUAUACACCUUCCACGUUGCCACCCUCGGAUUCUCCCCCUUGCUUCCUUGAUGCUUUGCGCAUGGCUGACUUUCCCCAAGCGCCAAGCUCCACUUCAGCGCCCUUUCCAGAAUCCUUGGCACCAAUUCCCAAGAACCCCGGACGUCGCUCUGGGACACUGGGAUUCUUUGCCUUUUUCGCGGCCGUGCUGGAGCUGUAAUCGCCACGUCCGAUAGACUGACCAUCCUUCCAACCCAUUCCUCUCAAGAGAGCAGCUCCAAACUCUUCGACAGGUAUAGCAUUGUAUUGAUCCAAAGUAGCGGGUUCGGGGCGAGAAGCCACGUCUGUUCGGAAAGAGCUUGUCUCAUCGUGGCGUCUAAAGGGUUCCUCAUCCUCGUCGUACUUAGAGGCUUCAAUCACAAGGUCUGUCCGACGCUCCACUUCACCGGUGGUCUCCCGUAACAGAGCUUGCAUAGCAAUCUGAUCUUCCGUAAGAGGCUUCUGGUCUUCUUUGAAAGUUGGUUGCGCAUUAGGCAUAGGUUGGUCCUCUUGAGCGGCGGAACUCUCCUGAUCUUGGUCAGACGGUUUCUGGGCGAAGCUAAGACCAUAAGACAUGCCCGGGCCUUCAGUCUCAACGGCUCCUCCUGCUGGGGCCUGUCCGUUCUUUUGCGCUUCUUGCAUAGCCUGCACUUCACGCGGUAGCAAGUUCUUCUUGCCCUUCUUCACAUUUAUGCCCGGACGAUCGCGCCAGUUAUUUUUACUCGUGACUGGAAUCACGAGUGGUUUGUUCGCAUCGCUAACAGAUUGACCAUCGGCGGUAAUCUGGCGGCCAGUAUGGGUAUCAAAGCCCGAGAUCUCUUCGUGUACGGGUGCACGUUCUUCGUCGGAGGAAUCAUCAUGGCCCAGCUGAUGUGGGCGGCGGGGCAAGGAGCGACUCUUGCUGGCCGGAGACUGGAAGGUGCGUUCGCGAGAUUGGAAAGCGAAAGCAGCCUUCUUUGCGGGUCCAGUGGAAGUGGAAGAAAGGGAAGAUGACUUGGAGCCACCCCCAUUGUGGUCGGCAAAGCCUCUCGACGUAGACAUCCCGCCAGGACAGUGAGUGACAAAGGCGUU